UUCCGAAUACUAUGCACGUCGCAAGACAAUUUAUUUCUGUGUUUACGACGACCGCCAUUGUGGUCAUUCUUGCGAUAACGAACGGUGGAAACGCGACUUUACCCGAAACCAUAAAAUGGACCGGUGGAAACUUCGAGUGGCCUUGUCCCACCACCAAGAACAUGUUCAAAAGUAGUGGAAAAUACAUUUCGAAAAACGUAAUCGCGACCAGGGUCGCGCUGUAUACCAACAACGCCAUUGUGGCCCUUCCCAGGUACAAGGCUGGUAUUCCCGUGACAUUGGCGAAGAUCUCUCAGGAUGUCCAAAGCUGCGAAGCAACCCUGGUCCCCUAUCCUUGUUGGUCUCUUCAGGAGGAAGGAACUUGCACGGCACUACAGAACGUGGUAGACAUUUAUCUGGAUCCUCAGAACAUUCUCUGGGUUCUCGAUACUGGAGUGGUGAACACUUUGGACGAACCUAUGCGAAGGUGCCCGCCAAAAAUCCUCGCUGUCAACGUCGUCACAGGCAAGUUAGUGAAGACCGUAGACCUGACUGGAUUGACGAGUUCGGCGUCCCGAUUGCAAUACCUGGUGUCCGAUUACAGUCAGGACGGCAGAGUGUUCGUCUAUGCGUCAGACGCUGCUUCAAGAGCCAUCCUCGUCUACGAUGUCACUCUAGGUCGAGGCUACCGCGUCGUUUUGCCCCAAGCCGUCGCCAUGGGCACAACCCGAAGAGACGUUUUGUAUCUUGCGCUUCUCCGACGUUCAGACGGGAGCACAUGUUUGAUCUUCACUUAUUUAAGCAGUAGCCGUUUGUUCUCCAUCAGAACGGAACAUCUACGCAGUGGUUCUGCGAAUGGCAAGAUCCACGAUCUUGGUAUGAAACCGAAGAAGAUGAUCUUCUUGGGUACGGACAAUGGCAGCGCCCUUUUCUUUCGGUACGAAGGCGAACCGGAUGUUUACCGAUGGGACGCGGUCAAUCCAUUUGUUUCACGAUGUUUCGACAAGGUGUACACCAGUGCCGAAUGUUCCCUUGUUACUCAUGUGGUUGCGGAUUACGCGAGAGGGAGGAUGCGAGUGCUUGAAUCGAACUUUCCUGAUUAUAUGCAAGGCUCGGUUGGAUGCGGUGCCACACAGGCGUUGAAUGUUAUGUGAUGUUGAGAAUCAUAGGGUAGGUUUAGCAUUAAAUAAAUUAAAUUCUAAUGAAAUAUAUUAUUUUUCUAUUUA